AUGACACGGAAAUUUUCUGAUAGUAUAAUACAAAAUUUUAGGUAGAAUAACGUGAAUUUACGAAAAUAUCUGAAUAACGUUGAAAUCAAGAAAGCAAGCUAGUAGAACUUUUUCGUCAUUGGACAAUUAUACAUGUCACUCCUCCCCUCUCCCUUCUCUUGAUAUAAAUUUACUCUUAUCACGUGUUUACACCAAACCUAAUUUUUUUGUCGUCCUGCUCUUCUUCCUCCUCCUCGUGCUCCUCCGCCUCUUCCUCUUUUUACAAAGAGGUAGUAGUUUCGUAUCGAAAUUUUCUCCAAUCCCAAGACGGCACAUACACUUCUUUUUAUAUCCUUUCUUAAAAAAGAUCCAUGGAAAAUUAAUCACUAGAUAGAUGAUGACUCAUUUCCUUUUUUGAUUUAAUCAUCUGGUAUUCAGUAUUCAAAUGGCACGAUAAUCAAUCUUUGUGCAUAAGGAGGAGGUCUCUUCAUAUCGAAAAUUCUCCAAUUAAGAACUCUGAUUAAGAAUGAUGAGUCAUCAAUUUUGGCAAAUUAAAACAAUUAAGGUCAUCCCUAGAAAGUGGAAAGUGGUAAAAAAAGCAUCAAUCUUUAAGAAAAAGAUUAAAUCAAUUUGGGAAAAAAUUAGAGUUUGUUCAAAUGAAAAAUUUAAGAAGUACAAGAAGUUAUCCACAAAAAAUGUUUCUCAAGAAUUACAAGUUGUUAAUUCUGAGACUGUAAAUGUAAUUAGUGGUGAUGAUUCAGAUUUAGUUGCAUUGAAGAUUAGCAUUUUGGGUGAUUGUCAAAUUGGGAAAACAAGUUUUGUGGCAAAAUAUGUGGGUGAUGAACAAGAAAAGAAGAGCUUGCAAAUGAAUGGAUUAAAUUUAAUGGAUAAAACAUUAGUCAUUGAAGGUGCUAGAAUUGCAUUUACAAUUUGGGAUGUUGGAGGUGAUCAUAGUUCAUAUGAAAUAAUUCCAAUUGCUUGUAAAGAUGCAGUUGCAAUUCUCUUCAUGUUUGAUCUUAAUUGUAGAAAUUCAUUGAACAGUGUUAAAUAUUGGUACAUUCAAGCAAGAAAAUGGAAUAAGAGUGCUAUUCCCAUACUAAUUGGGACAAAAUUUGAUGAUUUUGUUCAACUUCCUUUAGAUAUUCAAUGGACUAUUGUCUCUCAGGCAAGAACAUAUGCAAAGGCAAUGAAAGCAACUCUAUUUUUCUCAAGUGCAACUCAUAACAUCAAUGUGAAUAAGAUCUUCAAAUUCAUUAUGGCAAAGCUCUUUAACUUGCCUUGGACUGUCCAAAGAAAUCUCACCAUUGGUGAGCCCAUUAUUGACUUCUAGAGAUCCAAGAAGACAUUGGUGUGUGAGUGGAGAAGAGUAGAAGGGCGGGCGGGACCAUGUAUCGUCAUUUCAAACCGUGGUUUGAUUGUUAUGGUGUAAAAGUCUGAUAUUUAAGUGGAGAAGGGUAGAGCGAGAAGAUUUUUAUCUACUGAAUUUCAAAUUGUGAUCUAGUUUGUUAUAUGUAUGUCAUGAGCUCGAAUCUUGGUACUAGUAAAAACCUAAUACAUAAGUAGAGAAUGGGAACGAGAACGACCUUAUUAUCUAUUGAAUUUCAAA